AUGUUUAGUGACAGCGAGGAGGAGGGGUCCUGGCUGGGCUCGGAGGACAGCUCGUCCGAGGAGCUGCGCAGCGCGCAUUACCGGGUCCUGAAGGACAUCGGCGAGGGCGGCUUCGGCGAGGUGAAGCUCGCCCAGCACCUUCCCACCCAGACCCCCGUGGCCGUCAAGAUCAUCCCGAAGACCAAGAACAACGACAUCCUGAACACGGAGAUGGACCUCAUGAGGUCCCUGGACCACCCCAACGUGAUCAAGCUCUACGAGAUCCUGGAGACGGACGACCUGGUGUACCUGGUCCUGGAGUACGCGCCGGGCGGGGACCUGCAGGACCUCGUGGACACGGUGGGCGGCCUGUGGGAGGACGAGGCGCGCUCGCUCUUCCGCCAGGUCGCAGGCGCCAUGCGCUACUGCCACGAGCUGGGGAUUGCGCACCGUGACCUGAAACUAAGCAACGUGCUGCUGGAUGCCCAGGGCAGGCCCAAGGUGUGCGACUUCGGCCUGGGCGCCCGGUGCCUGGAAGGCCACAAGCUGCGAUCGGCGUGCGGCACGCUGCCCUUCUGCGCGCCCGAGAUCCUGAUGCCCGGCCCCAAGUCCUACGACGGCCCCAAGGCGGACGUGUGGAGCCUGGGCGUGCUGCUCUACCACCUGGUGGUGGGGCGCCCUCCCUUCCGGGGGGUCACGCAGGCGCAGGUGGAGAAGGCCAUGCUGGGGGGCGAGCUCGGCUUCCCCGCGCACGUCUCCAGCGACUUCCGGGACCUGCUGGGCGCCAUGGUGGCCGCCGACCCCGCGCGCAGGCCCUCGCUGGGGCGCGUGCUGGAGCACCCCUGGCUGCAGCAGGGGCCGCGGGAGCCGCCGGCGCCGCCCGGCCUCCCCCCGCGCCCCGACAGCUCCAUCCUGGAAGCCAUGGCCGCCCUGGGCUACGACCCCCAGCAGGUGCGCGAGGCCCUGAGCGCCAAGAGCUACAACGGGCUCAUGGGCGCCUACCUCAUGCUGGAGCAGCGCAAGUCCGAGCGCGGGGAGCGGGGAGGCCUCGCGAGGAGCCCGCGCCCCUCCGUGGCGCCCGGCGGGCCCUGGUCCUCGCGCGUCCCCUCCGCCGGAGCCAGCGCGCCUGCCCUGCAGCCGCCCCCCUUCCCGGGGAAGGACGCGCGGGGCGGCGUCCUGGCCGUCUACUUGGCCACGACCAUCGGUGUGCUCCCCAGGAGGGCGUCCCAGCCCCGCCCGGCCCCCGCUCCCGACGACGACGCCCUGCGGGACGCGGAGGCCGGCGGGCGUCACGAGGAGGAUCCGGCCGCCGUGCGCCCCGAGGUCCCCGCCGCGCCCCCGGCCUCGCCCCCCGCGGCGCGGAGCCGGCGGCUGCGGAGCUGCCCCGCGUGGCUGCGCGGGCUCUGCCCCUGCAGAAUCCUGACCCGAGGGAAGUUGGCUGCUGCGUCCACGCACAUCCCAGCCGGGCAGCUGGCCACAGACACAGGGAGCCCCACCGCCGCCCCGGCCUCCGGAGCAAGCGUCCUGCACCGGGGAGCCGGCGCCUGCCUGGAGGAACCCAUUCCUGUAGACAGAGCCUCUGGGACCCCCACCUCUCCCCGCACCCCUGCUCUGCGGCAGCACAGCUGUGUCAGACCCAUGGAGGACCCCGCCAGCCCUGGCCUCUUCCAUCCACACCUGCCACAGCUGCUCCCUGAGGGGAAGAGCAAAUGCUGGGAGAGUCCCCCACUGCCUGGCUGUGCGGACAGACACCAUGAUUACUGA